GUUAGAUCGGUUGUUUAUUGUUAGUCUUGCAAGAUCUUGCAUUGCAGUUCGGCGUCUUAUCCAAUCCAAUCUUAUCUCUUGUUCGCCAUCAUAGAGCUGAUCGUCAUCGUCAUCAUCAGCAUUUACCUUGCCUUAUCAUCAUCAUCAUCAAGAACACAACAAAUGCUCACUAGCCGCCACUAAAAAACAAUCGACAAAAUGUCUAUCCAACAACAACAACAACAACCACAACUAACAGCUGGAAUACGGCCAAGUGGAAAAUUGGUAGAUGUGGAUACAGCAGAAGCAAGUGCAUUACCCGAAGGACUCUCAAACGGAAAACAAAGACCAACAUCUGCUCAAAGUAUGCGUAUUCGAAUCGAUAAGCCAAGUUUAGAUGCUAUCAAAAGUAGAAAUGUUUAUACAAAACCAAUCAAUGCUUUUGAUGACCCUUCGAUUCCCACUUCUCCUACGAGAGGACUUGCACCUAUUUUCACUAGAAGAGAUGGCGCUCCACCAUACAAACAACCGACUAUCAUCUCUUGGGCUAGACUACAGUGGUCACAAUUCCUAGCAAAUGCUCUAUCAUCUGCAUUCCUGAUAGGUGUUGUCAUUUGGGCUCUUACUGUUCGUCUAUUGGCAGCCAUACCAAAGAUGUUUGUGCCAAAGGUGAUCCAACCGAAGGAUUGGGAUGAACCACAGAGGUGGAGAAAAGAAGAUCUGAUCAAAGAUGUGCGAUACUAUGCUGAAUCAUGUGGUUUCAAGAUUAUCAACGAGACGGCAGAAACUCAAGAUGGAUACCUACUGCGUGUAAACAGAAUCGUUGAUCCCACAAGAGAACACGAAAAACACAGCGAUGGCAGAGGAGGUUUCCCAGUCUUGAUCAUGCAUGGUCUUUUCCAAUCUUCGGGAUCAUUCGUUACUUCAGAGGAAAGAAGUUUGGCAUUCUGGCUUGCAAGACAAGGAGGAUAUCAAGUCUUCUUAGGUAACAAUCGUGGUGUGUUUGAUAUGGGUCAUAAAACUCUCAGCAGAAGCGAUCCAAGAUUUUGGGAUUACAACAUUCGUGAGCUAGCAAUCUAUGAUUUACCAGCACUUGUGGAUCACGUACGUAAACAGACUGGAUACGACAAGGUUGCUUUCAUUGGACACUCUCAAGGAAAUGGAACGAUGUUCAUCUCCCUGUCACAAAGCAUGGUACCGGAACUAGGUGCAAAGCUUUCAUACUUUGGAGCAUUGGCACCAGCUGUAUUUGCAGGUCCAUUGACCAGUUGUUUCCCUUUCACAGCAUUGCGCAAUUUGCAGUGGAAGACUUGGCAAAGGUUCUUUGGCGUGCUUGACUUCAUUCCGUUGAUGAAGAUUGCAUACGACUAUACUCCCGCUUAUCCUUUUGCUGCGCUAGGAUACCAGAUGUUCGCCUUCUUAUUCGCUUGGACUGAUGCAAAUUGGCUAGGAAGGAGAAAAGCAAAGAUGUUCCGAUUCACCCCUCAACCUGUUUCUUCAGCUUCGAUUUAUUGGUGGGCAGGCUCAGGUGGAUUUUCAACAAGAGGAUGUACUUUGGAUCAAACUGCUGAGAAAUGGUGGGAUGGUAACACUUUCCCACCUCUAUCAAUCUUUAGUGGUGGAAUGGAUUUCUUGGUCUUGACAGAACCUCUGUUGGACAGACUAGAGAAUGAAGAAUCGGACGUUAGACUGCUGCGAUACAAACGUCAAGAAGAAGCGGAACAUUGUGAUCAUUUCUGGGCAUGUGAUGCUGUAGAAUGGUGCUUCUAUGAUAUCUUGGAGGAUAUUGAAGCAACACGAACGCCUUACCCGGAAGAAAUGGCAUCCAAAGGAACUGAAUCUAGUACAGAAACCAAUGAUUCCGAAUCCACCAAGUGCAGAGAAUGCUGCAAGGGAAGGUAA